UUCAAACAAACACACCAACUUCUCCGCACCUGAUCUCUCUCUGUGAUCAGAGUUUUCCAUGGAUUUGAAGGCAAAGAAACAAACUUGGACACCCUGUUCAACUUCACCUCCCCUAGCCAUGUGCCAUGAUUCAAAGAAAAUAUCCAAGCCCAAGCCAAAGAUACGCAUAAUUCACAUAUUUGCACCCGAAAUUAUCAAAACCGACGCAGCAAACUUCCGCGAGUUAGUGCAACGACUCACUGGAAAACCCACGGAAAAGGGCUGCAAUAAGAAACCGAGAAUUGCCCUGAGAGAAGAGUCAAGAAAUGCUUCAUCCGACAAGCCAGUGGCCAAACUGGAGCUCCGAGCUGGGUUUCGUGGUUUGGAGUCAAGGGAAAGAGUUAAGGAUGAGGAAGGGAUGUGGAAUGGAGAGAAUUCAGGUGGGUUCUUGGGCGGCUUUGCAGACUUGGAGGGUUUUAUUCAAGAGCUUGGUGAAUUCCCAUUUCUUCCUUUGGAUGCGUCACACAUGCAUGGCUUUGGAGAAGCUCAAUUACUUGCCUAGAUAGUGAUCAAAGAAAUCAAAUGGUUUUUCUUUUAUGGCCUUUUCUUCUUUUUCAUUUGUUUAUGAUUAAUGUUUGAUCGUCAGAACUUUGUUUUGAUGGUUUUAGCUAGAUGGUUUAACAGUUUUAUCUUUUAUAUUGUAUCUCUUUUUCUACUUGAUCAUCUGAAUCUUGAUACUUCAAGAUC